AAGCUACGAUUCAAAAUGGCGAUUUUCAGUGUGUACAUUUUGAAUCGUGCCGGUGGACUUAUCUACCAUUACGACCAUUUUACGCCCAAAAGCGAGAUCGAAAAGACAUUCAGCUAUCCUUUAGACAUAACGCUACGCGAAGAUGAUAAGCUGGUUGUGAUAUUUGGUGAAAGAGAUGGCAUAAAAGUUGGCCAUGCCUUACUGGCAGUUAAUGGUGAGCCAGUUACUGGAAAACGUUUGCCCGAUGGAAGAGAAGCAAUGGAAGUAAUAAAAAACCAGGAGAACUACCCAAUUUCCUUGAAGUUUGGUCGGCUAAAAUUGACGACUAAUGAACGUAUUAUGCUGGCAAGCAUGUUUCAUCCGCUCUAUGCCAUCUCUGCAAAGCUGUCUCCAGAGCAGAGGUCAUCAGGAAUUGAAGUAUUAGAAGCAGAUUCCUUCAAACUUCACUGUUUCCAGACACACACAGGUUUAAAAUUUAUUGUGCUGACAGAUCCAAAACAACUUGGGAUGGAUAUUUUCCUCAAAAAGAUUUAUGAGCUUUAUUCAGACUUUGCUCUGAAAAACCCAUUCUACUCGUUGGAUAUGCCUAUAAGGUGUGAACUCUUCGAUACCAACUUGCAGAAAGCUUUAGACCAAUCAGAGAGGUCAAACCUUUAUUCAAGCAAUCCUUCCUUAGCUUAAACAAUGCAUCAACCA